AUGGCGACGCCAGCUCCGCAGGCGCUGCAGGCGCGCGUGCACAAGCUGCUGGGCUCCCGCGCAGAGCUGGAGGCCACCAAGGCGCUGCUGCGUACGCUGGUGACGGACAAGGCGGCUUCAGGCGCGCCCCUCGUCCAGUUGGAGGCUACCACGCGCACGCCGACGCUCGCCACGCUGCGACGCAAUCUGCGUUCUAGUUUAGAACAGCAGCAGCUGGCGCUGGCACAGCGGGCUCUGGACGGUUUGGAACGCACUCUGGAACAGGUUUCAAAUCUGGCGGCGCAGGUGGACGCUCUGGACGACAAAUGCGACCAAGUGCAUAAAUUUCUAGAAACGACCAAAAGAGAGACGCAGCAGGUUCAGACGGAGGCAGCGGCGCUGGCGGCCAAGAGGGACAAGGUACAGGAGGACUGGAAGGAGGCCAAGGCGUUCCUGGACCGGUACCAGUUGACGGAGGACGAAGUGCGCGCGCUGUAUGCGGAGAAUUUGGGGGACGAAGACAUGGACGCGUUCUUCAGCACGCUGGAGAGGGUCCAGCAGGUCAAAGCCGACUGCAAGGAGCUCGUGGCGGCCGGGGAGGUCAACUGCGCAUUGGAGCUGCUGGAUGCCGUGGGCAAGUACCAGGAAGCAGGGUUUGAGAGGCUGUACCAGUGGACUGCCAGGAAGUGCGCGGAGGUGGAUGGAGAGCCCAGCAACAUGCUGCACCGCGCUAUCGCCCUGCUGAGCGAUCGUGCGGAGUUUUACAACUACUGCAAGGAGUGCUUGACGACGUCGCGGCGCUCGCUCAUUGUGCGCCGCUUCAUCAUGGCGUUGACGGUGGGAGGGCCCAACGGCAUCCCCAGACCCAUCGAGAUGCACGCACACGACCCUGUGCGCUACUGCGGUGAUAUGCUGGCGUGGAUCCACCAGGCUAUUGCGACGGAGAGCGAGUUUUUCCGCGUGCUUUUCGAUGGCGACGUCGAGUUCAGUCCAUCGGCUGCAACGGAGACUUCACCUUCCAUUUGCACUUCCAUGGUUGGACGUGCGUUCGACGGCGUAUCGAGGCCGCUCCGGGUUCGAGUCGAGCAGACGCUCAGCUCUCCGCACGGCAUCGUCAUCGCCUACAAGUUGGUGCAUCUGCUAGCCUUCUACCACCACAAGUUCGACCAGCUUGUGCCCCACGCUGACGUCGCGCGCGCGCUUCGCCACUGCCGUGAAGCUGCAAACGAAGCGUUCCGCCGCCAGUUCCAGCAGCUCGUGGACGCCGUAGCAGCUUCCGCCCAAGAUUACGCUGCGAGUCUCGCCGCCACGCACAUCACUCUCGAUAUUUCACACCGCCUUGUGGCUCUCCUCGAAGUGUUCCAGACCUCGCUGAUCCCCGAGCAAGAGAAGGAGGCGGAUCUCGCCCCACUGCUCGAUGGAGUUCUGCCCGCGGUCGAGCUCAUGUGCCAGCACAGCGUGAAUGGCCUGGACCCCGUGGACGCGCUUGUCUUCCGCGUCAACAACUUCAGCUGCCUGCAGACCCCGCUCGCUCGGUUCCCCGAAGUGGCCAAGUGGUACGCGGAAAUGGGUCGCGACUUGGACCGUUGGCUGCGCGACCUGAGCGAGCUGCAGGCCACGCGCGUGCUGGAUCGAUGCCGCGUGUCCGCGCUGCUGCAGUGCAUCCAGCAGUUCCAGCAGAGUCAUGCGAUGGAGCCCGGCACCUCACCCGCCGACACGCCAGGUCUCGACGGAGAGACGAUCACGCGGGUCAUGGGCGACUUCUGCGCAGCGCUGAUGACGCUCAUGUUCCCGCAGCUGGACAGCCUCGCGCAGCCCGCGCUCGCUGACAAGGCGCGCGCGCUCACAGCGGCGACACUUGCUGGGACGUACGCGUUCAUCUACGAGUUCGUGUUCGACGCGCGGAACGGCUACAUCCCUGGCAGCGAGCCCAUGUCGUCGUCCUCCUCCUGGUCGUCAGCUGAACGUAGCCGACGUGUAGUGCUGCAGCACACGCCCGAAGAGAUCCGCACUGUACUCGAACUCGACGGCGACAACAAGUAG